UGAGAAUAGUUUGUCCGGGUCAGCCCUCAGUAUAUAAGACAACACUGUCCGCAGAGAAGGCUUUCUCCAGAGCAGAAGACGAGACAAAGACUAUAAACUAGAAAGCAAAGCAGUAAAAAACUCUCCAAAACAAAAAAACAAAGUCUGUAAAACUGGAUUCCAAAAACUGGACAUCAGAAAACAAAGCGAAAAAAGAAAACAAAGAAAUGGAGGAAGAUCACAGUAAUGGUGGAAAUAGCAGCAGCAGCGGUAAUUUAGAAACAUCGAAGGCUGAUAAAGCUGUUUGGCUAAUGAAGUGUCCAGUAGUGGUUGCAAAGUCAUGGAAGAGUCAUCAUACCUCUUCUUCAGAUUCUGCUCCGCUCGCUAAAGUCGUUCUCUCCCUCGAUCCUCUCCAAUCUGACGAUCCCUCUGCUAUUCAGUUCACUAUGGAGAUGGCUCGCACUGAGACUGGGAAUGUGCCGAAGAGUUAUUCUUUGAAUAUGUUUAAGGACUUUGUUCCGAUGGGUGUCUUUUCGGAGACACCUCAAGGGAGGGUUUCCAUGGAAGGAAAAGUUGAACAUAAAUUUGACAUGAAGCCUCACGAGGAAAACAUUGAGGAAUAUAGUAAAUUAUGCCGUGACAGGACGAAAAAGUCUAUGAUCAAGAAUAGGCAGAUACGGGUGAUUGAUAAUGACCGUGGGGUGCACAUGAGGCCCAUGCCUGGAAUGGUCGGCCUGAUUUCAUCUACCUCCAAGGAUAAGAAGAAAACACAACCAGUUAAACAAUCAGAUGUGAAGAGAACCAGGAGGGAUCGUGGUGAAUUGGAGGAUAUCAUGUUCAAGUUAUUUGAAAGGCAACCAAAUUGGGCCUUAAAGCAGCUUGUUCAAGAAACAGAUCAACCUGCGCAAUUCUUGAAAGAGAUACUGAAUGAGCUUUGUGUGUACAAUAAGCGGGGAACAAACCAAGGAACUUAUGAGCUAAAACCAGAAUAUAAGAAAACUGCUGAGGAUACAGAUUCAACACAGGGUGCUUGCUAGCUGCAAACAAGGGCUUGUGCCUAUAGUCUGUAAGUGGACGUCUUCUGUGCUGUGGGACUCCCAGUAAGUGCCCUUACUGUUGCAUUUAGGCUUGGCUCGAAAUUUCUCUUAGCAAAGGGAAUCCUUUCCUAUAUAUCUAGGCAUUACAAUACUAAUUCAGAAUCUUGUCUUGAUUUAUAAUAGUAUCGGUCCCAUUUGGUGAUUAUUGCUUUUCCUUUUUUACUGAUCUAAACGUGCCUAAGAAAUGAGAAACCAAAUGGAACCAGGCUAUUGAAUUUAGGGGAAAACGUAUUAACAAUGGAAACAUAUACUAGAAGGACCCUUUUAAGAGUAUUAAUUCUAAUCUCCUAAUAUGAUCAUAUAAAUGCUUGGUCAUGGCAUUUAGGGGAAGAAAAAAAAAUUGAAAAUCAAGACCCUAAAUUCCUUAAUUAACCAUGUAUGAAACAAUAAAAUACACUACCUGCUUGAAUGAAUCUCUAGACUGAUCUGGUGUUAAGUUGAUAAUUUUUUAGAACUUGAGAUUUACCUUGGUAAGUUCGAUAUUUUUAUCAUAAAAAGAAGGAUUGAGCAUCUCUUUGUUUCGACUUCUUUUUGGUGUAAAAAUAUGAUGUGUCAACAUGAUAUGAAAUGAACCUAAAUAAUUAGGGUUCUAUCAUCCAUGAUUGUCAUCCACUAGAUGAAAAUGCACAUUGAUAGUUUGAAAAGGUCAGGUGCUGUUGUCUUAAUUUUCUUGAAUAUCAUCAUUGUGCGCAUUUCUAGAUAAUGCGGUGUUAACAUCAAUUUAAUCAGGUCAUUCAUCAAACUUUCUAUUAUUCUAACCCCUUAUCCAUCCAUAUCUCCAAAUAUUGAUCUCCAUACAAUGCUUUCAAUGAAUGGAACCAGAUUGUCUUGGGAAAUCUCAUUGCCAUAAUUUUAAUUAGGUGAAGAAAAUAUUGGAUUAUGUAUAUUAAUGGAGUUUGAGUUGUGUCUUUGGUAGCAAAUGGUGAGAGACUGGCUUUUUAUUGAUGCAGUAGAACAUGUACUCCUUUUCUAUAAUCUGGUAAGAAAGUAUGAGGAAGGCUUGUAAAAUUUGUGAAAUACAUGUACUCUAAAACGAUCAUCUGUAACCUACUUGUAAGCUGGUGCUUCCUUUAAUUGUAUAUCAUAGAAAAAACAGAGAAGUUCAAGCAAAUUUGAAUGUCAAUCGGUCAUGGAUUUUUCUUUCAAAAGGAUUAAAAUAAUCAAUGAAUUUAUCUAAGAGCCACAUAUCUUAUUCUUGAUGCUGCUAUUAGGGUAGGCCUUGUAUAAAUCAUUUUUAUUUUAAAGUAAAACCCUAAAUAAGUUUUUCAGGUGAUCAUGUAGAGGUCAUUGCGUCUCUAAUAGCUCAUUAGUUGCAUGGAUUUGCUGUGAUAUGACUACUCAUGUGCACCAACUUGUAAUUCUUAUUGACAUUGAAAUUGUUUCAUGAAUACAUAGAAGUGCCUUAUUGAGUGGAUGUUGAACGCAAUAUCAUGCCUUCAAUGAGCUCGUCUAGUGUGAAUAGCCACUGUUGUGUUGCCCACUGAUUCUGCCUCUUAGACCCACGCGAUGGGUGAUGAGGAUCUUGAAAAUGACCAACUAGGAAUCUUCUUUGUCACCCAUGGAAGAUUUUCACAGCAUCUUUUGCUCAAAUAUUCCAAUACCAUCUUCUCAAAAUGAAUGAGCAUGCAAUUGAAUGCUUUCAUCAACUUGGACUCUUAUAGUAUGGUGGGCUUGGGGUACCCCAAUAAAGGGACCAUUUUCACAAUGGUGCAGUUUAAAGGGAAUGGUAACGGAGACUUGUGACUCCCAUGAACGUGGAUUCAAAAGUGGAAAAGCAAUAAAUGAAGAGAGAGAGAAAGAGUCAAAGAAGGUUUUGAUUGAGGAUAGUAUCGAAGUUUCAAGCCACAAUAUAUCUUAGAUGCUAAAUCGUUUUCCCUACAAGGUAAGCAUGACACUUUUUUUCUGAAUUGUCAUUCCUGUGUUUUUGUUUUGCUAGAAGACCGAGUCAAAUUGCACCAGGCUUGUGUACUCGUAGUUAUUAUUGGAUAUAACAAUAUGAAGAUUUUGAUAUUUUGUUUCGCCCUGGGAUUUACUUGUUCCCCACGCUCUUUGGCGUCUGGCAACUAUUGGAACUGACUGAUGUAGCAAAUACACAAGCUAUGAAUUUGUAUUUGUGCUUGUUCAUGUGUAUAUGUGUGAACUGUGAAAAUUGUCUCUAUGGCUUUUGAUAUUUUGUUUAGCCCAGGGAUUUACUUGUUCCAUAAUGUUAUCUUAUGUUCGGCAA